AUGAGCAUCUCGACAGCGUUCCGAACGGCAGGUCAGAGAACCAAUUUGGCUUCCGGGCCGGUCGUUCGACAGAGGAUGCGAUUAGGAGUUAACCGGGAGGAUCACUGGACCAUGUCAUUGUCCUGGCUCAUAUCCUAUAUGUUUUUUGUUUCUUUAAUACAUAAACUGUUUUGCUCUUCAGAACGGCUAAGGCCAUUAGGAAUGGUGCGGUCCUCAGAUGCCGCGUCGCGGAAGAUCACGGAGCUGAAGGAGCAACAGACGAGGUUUCAGAUCAAGACGGAGCAGUCGGCCCAGCUCGAAGAGAUCAGGAGGGUUGUCGUGAGCAAGGAUCCGGCGACCGGAAACGAGGUCGAAGACCUGGGUAGAAGCGGUGACAUUAUCCGGGCUAUCUCCUCCAUCGGCGAGGAGCUGAAGGCGCAGCGGGUAGCAAUCUCUCUGCUAAAGGCUCGUGCUCAAAAACCAACAGGGCAAGUCAAGGCGGCGGCGGGACCGGCAUCGGCAGAAAAUGACUAUGCUGGCGUUCAAGCCGAGGAGACGGCAGGUGGUUCCUGGACGGACGUCGUCCGAAGAAACAGGCCCAGAGACCGUGCGGGAAAAGCGACGGCGACAGCAGGCCCGGCAGUGGCCCCAAGGCGGGCAUACCGGGCCGCAGCCGUCAUGGUUAAGGUUAGCCGGGAAGAGUACCCGGAACUGGCCAAAAAGAUUCGGUCCGGCGUCAGACAGGAGGUGAUCGGAGACCACAUCAUUGGCAUGAGGCAGUGCAGGACGGGUUGCUUGCUGAUAGAGGUGCGGGGAGAUACCGCCCAGGUCGAGACGGUCAGGGCGGAAGUCGCUAGGUCAGCGGGCGAGGAGGUCCCUGUAAGAUCACUGAAGACCAUGGCGAUGGUGGAGGUUAGUGACUUGGACCAGUGGACCACGAAGAAGGAGGAGGUCGCUAACGUGCUCUGCGAUGCCACCGGCACCGAACCCGAGGCGAUCAACGUGGUGAGCAUGCGGCAGCAGUUCGGUGGGGCCCAGGCCGCCUUUAUCCGGGUCGCAAAAGAGGUCGCUGGCAAGCUGGUGGAAGAGUCAGGGUCGGCCUGGUGAGCUGUAGGGUCCGUAUCCGUGAGGACAGGACGCGAUGCUUCCAGUGCCUCGCUUUCGGGCAUUUGUCGAGCGGUUGCACCGGGCCGGACAGGGCCUCUGCCUGUUUGCACUGCGGCAGGGAGGGCCACCGCGCGGCUGCGUGUGAAGCCACCACCGAUGAGAGGAGCGCCUUCCUCAGGAUCCUGCAGCGGCGGCGAUCGGGACCGAGCGAGGCUGAGGGUACGGGUCCAAAUCCCUAAUGGUGCGCGUCCUCCAGAUCAACGUGGACGGAGGUAGGGCGGCCCAUGACCUGAUGGAAGCAUCGGCCGUCGCGCUCAAGGCGGACAUUCUGAUCGUCGGCGAGCCGUACAGAAACAAACCGGAGGAGGAGGGCUAGUUCCGCGAUUCCAGCGGCAGGGCGGCGGUCGUGAUCGCCAACCCACAACUCGCUCUCACCGAAUCGGACCCGGGUGUCGAGGACGGCUUUCGCUGGGUCACGUGCGGGGGUCACCGGUACUACGCGUGUUACUGGUCACCCAACACGGACUUUGCCGGGUUUGAGGACUUCCUGCUCAGACUGGAGAGCAGCGUCAGGAGUUCGGGAGUCCCAGUCGUCGUCGCGGGCGAUUUUAACGCAAAAUCACCGGAGUGGGGUGACAGUCGCGAGGGCGCUAAAGGCCGCGCCCUCGUCGAUUGGGCGGCCAGCCUCGACCUCGCGGUGUGCAACCGAGGCGGCAGGCCGACGUUCACUCGAGCGCAUGGGACCGGCGUCUCAUCGUCCUGCAUCGACGUGUCUUUCGUGUCCCGGUCGUUAAACCCCGCGGCCGACUGGAGGGUGUUGGACGAUUACACCGGGUCCCUGCACCACUACAUAGUGUUCGACGUGGCCGACAGACCCGCCGUAUGCGCGCUUCCCCCGGAGAGGAGAUGGUCCUGGCGGAAGCUGUACCCGCAGAAGCUCCAGGAGGCCAUCGACUCUGUGCGUGUCCCGGAAACGUUCGUCGAUGCGGCCUCCGGCGCGGAGGUGGUUGGCGUCAUUCUUAAUGACGUGUGCGCGGCAAGUAUGCCGUCAGGCCGGUAUAGGGGAGGGAAAAGGCCGGUCUUUUGGUGGACUCCACGGAUCGCGGAGCUCAGGAAAUCCUGCCUACAAGCCAGGAGGAGGCUCACCAGACGCCGGUCAAGGGCCUCGCCGGAAGAGGCAGAAGCCGCGAGGGACGAGUUCAGGGCCCACCAGUCCGCGCUGAGGAAAGCGAUCCGGAGCAGCAAGGAGUGCUGGAAGGGGCUGUGCCGACAGGUCGACAACGACCCGUGAGGCCUCCCGUACAAGCUCAUCAACAAGAAGUUGCACGGCAGGCGGGCGAUCCCCGGGAGAAUGGAGAAUAUAGUCGGUACGCUAUUCUCGACGGUCCCCACUCCAGCCAACUGGCCUGCUCUGGAGGGCACCAUGGAGUCCCGGAGAUCACCUGCGCGGAGGUAGCCAGUGUCGGGGCGUGCCUACCGAGGGGCAAGGCUCCGGGCCCGGACGGCGUGCCGGAUAUAGUCGUCGGGGCGUUAGCGCGUCGCCGGCCAGAUAUACUCUGGGGGCUGUUCAACGCAUGCCUACAGGAAAGCGAGUUCCCCGAGUGGGGGAAACUAGCAAAGCUGGUGCUUCUCCGGAAGGGCGACAAGCCUCUCGACAGUCCGUCGGCGUACCGGCCGAUCUGCCUGCUGGACUCGGUGGGCAAGUUUUUUGAGCGGCUGAUAAAAAGAAGGAUCGAAGAAGUUAUCGAGGACGGCGGAGGUUUCAACGACCGACACCACCUCUAUAUAAACGGGAGCUCUGCGCGGUUGUCGCCCUGGAUGUAA